CUCCAACCAGGUGAGCGACAAAGAGGUGAGGGCGCGAGAAGCGAGGACGAGGGGAGGUGGAGCUCUCCUUUAACGAAAAUCAAAAUUAUCCUCAGGAGAGAGACGCUGUGGUAUUAGACAAGAAGGGGAAAGUAGGCAUUAACGAGUUCUAAAGGGAAGUUUCAAGCGAGGCGAGGAUGGCCAACUCGGGACUGCAGUUGCUGGGCUACGCGCUGGGGAUGUGCGGAUGGAUCGCCACCAUCGCCGCCACGGGGCUACCGCAGUGGAGGACGAGUGCCUACGCCGGCGAGGUCAUCAUCACGGCCGUGAGCAUCUACGAGGGGCUCUUCAUGAGCUGUGCCUCGCAGAGCACGGGCCAGAUCCAGUGCAAGAUAUUUGACUCCCUCCUCGCGCUGCCCACAAGGGUGCAGAUAACCCGUGCGCUGAUGAUCUGCUCCAUCGUGGUGGGUCUCUCUGCGCUGGGAGUAAGUGCCGUCGGCAUGAAGUGCACUCGCAUGGGAGCGGACAACAAAACCCGCAAGAACCGCUUCGCCAUCUUGGGCGGAGUGGUAUUCCUCGUUGCCGGGCUGUUGUGUCUGACUGGCACGUCUUACUAUGCUGCGGAAAUUGCGCGGGAGUUCUACAGCCCCUUGACACCUGUACAGGCCAGGUAUGAGUUUGGUCAGGCUCUGUUUGUGGGCUGGGUUGGCGCUUGCCUCGUGCUCAUGGGCGGCGCCUUCCUGUGCUGCUCCUGCAGCUCCAAGCCUUCGGGGAAAAAGUCGCGGCCACGCGGCCCCCCACGGCGCGGGCCCCCCAGAUCAAAGGGCUCUGGCAGGACAGAUUAUGUGUGACGUGAGGUGUGAGUGGGUGAUGAGAGUGGCAUGCUCCCAGCUACUCGGACAUGCUUAGUUAUUUUAUGCAUCAUGCUUUUUUAAAAGUGCGUUUGGACGUUCAUUUAUAAGUUGCAAUUAGUUAAAUGCAUGCAAAUUUCCCAAUAAUGUUCAUAUGUAAUCACGAUUCUGACGUGAUUGAGUUUUAGUUGGACUGUAGGUAGGUUCUGUUGAUAGAAAGCACGUUAUGCACAAUUUAUGCGAGUACGCUUUAGACAGUACCACAUUCGCACACGUGAGCCUGGAGGCAGUAGUAUAGGAAUAAGGCGUUAUCAUUCAAUUGAUGUAUUCAUGAUAAUUGUUUUUUUGCCCUUUUAUCUGGCAACAAAACUGACACCUUUUUUUACAGGGAGUCAUGUUUGCAUAGACCACAAUACCUGCAGUCAUAAUGCAAACAAAAAACAUAACUC